GCGGAGCUGCUUCUCGUGAGCGCUGUGACUUCAAGACGUGUAUCAGACUCGCGGAUCUGAGAGCGGUGUGACUUCCACCCGCGUUGGGAGGUUUUUCACCCCUUACUUUUAUUUUCACUGGACCACUGAGGAAGUUCGCCCACGCGCCCGAGAAGAUGGUGGAGAUGGUGGAGAUGGUGGAAGGCUCCUGGGCUUGAACACACCGCCGGGGUUUGGUAGAAGCCGGUUUUCCUGCAGUGCGCGCGCGCCGGCGGGCGGUGAUGUUGGAUCUGAGCGCGAUGAUUGAGGUGUCGAUCCCAUCUCUCCACCGGGAAGUGGAUGAAACUGGGAAAUCACGGAAACUGUUCAGGGUGGAGAUCUUGUUCAACGGAAGGAAGCACUUUGUUCUGCGGCGGCAGAGCGAGUUCCAGAUGUUGCACCGGAAGCUCAAGAAGAUCCUGCAGCUGCCUGAAUUCCCCAGCAAGAGGACCCAGCUGCGCUCUAAACCUCUGGAGCAGAGACGGCAAGAGCUGGAGGACUACAUACAGGUGAUCCUGUAUAAGAACGACGUGGUUCCUCAGGAGCUGCUGGAUUUCUUGAAGGUGAAACACUUCCACAUGCCGAUCUACGAAAGUGAAGAACAGCAGAAGGACACAAGAGAGAAGGGGAAAAGCUGUGAGCUUCUGCAUCAGAGAGUGGUGGGUUUCACGUGUGAUCCCUAUCUCUGCGCUUCCAAGUCAGACCUGCCGAACGUGGUUGUUGCUGGUGUCUUGCAGGGCUUCUUCCCCAAAGACAAUAAGGUGGACUUCAGGACACAUUCCAAGCCCAGCAUUAGGCAUCCACCUCUAUUUCCUUCAGUCCCAUCCAUCGUCAUAGACAGAAGCAGUCUGAGCUUAUUACCAGAAGCAGAGACAUGAGACAUGGAAGAGCUUCUGUGUUCCAGCACUGACCAGGCACAGACUUCCAGCUUUUUCUACCUGGCUUCAGAAGGACUGGUGCUUUUAACUGUUUAUAUAAAAACCAUCAGCUUUGA